UUAUCAUUCCCGCCAGUUUCCAAGCGCUUGCUGUGGAAAUAUUUUUGGAUGAUUUUUAGUUUUUAAGUUAUACUAUUGGUUUUAUCUCCUUUGCUAACAGCAAAAUUCCUUGUGAGCUACGGUAGUGAACAGAUAUUUUUAUAUUUCAUCUCUAGAAUACCAUUAAAAAGGCGAAUGGCUAAAGUUCACGUUUGCAACGUUGUAGUGCUUGAUAAUCCAUCACCUUUUUUCAAUCCUUUUCAAUUUGAAGUAACUUUCGAAUGCAUAGAAGACUUGAAAGAAGAUCUGGAAUGGAAAAUAAUUUAUGUUGGUUCUGCAGAAAGUGAAGAUCAUGAUCAAGUAUUAGACAGUGUCUUUGUGGGGCCUGUACCUGAAGGGCGGCAUAUGUUUGUAUUCCAGGCUGAUCCACCUGAUCCCACAAAAAUCCCUGUUCAAGAUGCUGUAGGUGUCACUGUAGUACUCUUAACUUGUUCAUACAGAUCUAAAGAGUUUAUCAGAGUCGGAUAUUAUGUGAACAAUGAAUAUGCUGAUCCAGAAAUGAGAGAGAAUCCACCAGCAAUACCUCAGUUUGAUAAGUUACAAAGAAAUAUUUUGGCAACAUCUCCAAGAGUGACAAGAUUCAAAAUUGAUUGGGAUGAUAAUGCUGGUGUUGAUAGCUUACAAGCUCCUUCCACAUCAGAAAAACAAAGAGAAAAUAAUGAUGAUAGUAAUGGACCUUUAAAGCAGUUGUUUCAAGAAAGUAAUCAUAGUAUGGAAAUGGAAGUUAUGUGAAUUUGCUUGUGUGUGAAAUGUUUAUAUUUAUAAUUCAUAUUUUUUGGUUUCAAAUAAUCGUAGAUGUCUUAGAUAUGAAUUUGUAUUUUAACUUCUAAUGUAUAUAUUUAAUAAA